CUGCUGGUAGCUACAGAACACAAACACACCAGCACCAGUAUGUACGCAGUUGUAUUGUUAGCGAUAGUGGCGCUGGCGGCGGCAGAGGACGGCUACACGACCAAGUUUGACAAUGUGGACAUUGACAGCAUCCUACAGAACGACCGCCUGCUCAAGAACUACUUCAACUGUUUGAUGGACAAGGGACCCUGCACUGCUGAUGGAAACGAGCUCAAAAAGAACCUGCCCGAGUCACUGGAGAAUAAUUGUGCCAAGUGCUCAGAGAAGCAGAGAGCCAACUCCGAGAGAGUUCUCAAGUACAUCUACAAGAACAAGCCGGACAUGUUUAAGGAGCUAGAGUCUAAGUACGACCCGAACAACAAGUACAGGAAGCUGAAGGAGUCGAUUGAAGGAGAGGAAUGAAGAAGAUUCGUCAGUUGAUCAAAAUUAACAACUAACGAUCAAUGGAAAAUUUAUUUUGCAAUUUAUUCACUUAUUUCUCUGUAAGAUAAUGUUCUUUUCCUUAAAAAAAUAUCAAUUUUAUCUCACAGCAAUAUUA